AUGGAUCCAUUACCUAUGGAUUCAGCAACUGUGGAUGAGUUGGUGGUUGUCUGCAUACAAUCUUUUGACAACGAAGGCACAAUAAAAGGCUCCUCAUUUGUGAGAAUGUUUCUGAUGAUGCAUCCUUGGUACAUAUCUUCCACCCAGCUGGCCAAGAAACUGCUGCUAAAGUCACAAGAGGAGGGCAGUACUGAUGAGAUCAGAGCCAAAAUAUGCCACCUCGUAAAAUACUGGAUUUCUGAAUUUCCGGUAGAGUUUGAUCUGAAUCCUGCUUUGGCUAACCAGAUUAAAGACCUGAGAGAGAACCUGAUUGCUGGAGGCAAUGAAACCCAGGGUCAACUUAUAGAUGUAGAGAGUGUGCCAUCGUAUAAAUGGAAAAGGCAAGUGACACAGAGAGUUACAUCUCUGUCCAAAAAGAGAAAAAUGUCCCUUUUAUUUGAUCACCUGAACCCCUGUGAGCUUGCUGAACACCUGACCUAUCUGGAGUACAAAUCUUUCUGCAAGAUCCUGUUUCAGGAUUACCACAGCUUUGUGAUGCAUGGCUGUACAGUGGAUAACCCCAUUCUGGAGAGGUUUAUAACACUCUUUAACAGGGUCUCGCAAUGGAUUCAACUGAUGGUACUGAGUAAACCCACCGCCCCACAGAGAGCCGCUGUGAUUUCACACUUCAUACAUGUCGCACAGAAUCUACUACAGUUGCAGAAUUUUAACACGUUGAUGGCAGUGGUUGGCGGUCUUAGUAACAGCUCUAUCUCUGGGCUGAAGGAGACUGAGGCACAUAUUAGCGAUGAGACCAGUAAGAUCUUUAACAGUUUGGUGGACCUGGUGACCUCUUGCGGUAACUACAGUCACUACCGGCGCAGAUUCGCAGAGUGCACUGGAUUUCGCUUCCCCAUUCUGGCAGUUAACCUCAAGGACCUGACAGCUGUUCAUGUCGCUCUGCAGGACUGGACGGACUCAGAGAAGACUCAUGUCAACUUGGUUAAAACACAGCAACUCUAUGCAAUCCUCCAGGAACUUGCCCUCGUGCAGACCACUACCCCUAACAUUGAGGCCAACACAGACUUGCUCAAUCUGCUUACAGUGUCACUGGAUCAGUACUACACAGAAGAGGAGAUUUAUCAGCUCUCAUUACAGAGAGAACCCAGAGCUGAUAAACCAGCGAACUCUAGUCCCUCCCCCAGCCAAGCUCCUAAGCAACCUUCGAUGAUUGACGAAUGGACAGCGUCAGUGAAGCCUAAAGCUGAUCCUGCUAUUAUCAGCAAACAUAUCGAGAAGAUGGUGGAUUCGGUGUUUAAGUAUUUCGACACAGACGGUGAUGGGUACAUCUCCCGUGAAGAGUUUGAGUGCAUCCGGAAUAACUUCCCUUAUCUCAGCAAGGUCGAAGAGCUUGAUAAAAACCAGGAUGGAAAGAUCAGCAUGGAAGAGAUGAUGGAGUAUUUUAUGAAGGCAAGUUCUCUGCUAAACUGUCAGACGGGCUUCAAGCACACCUUUGCGGAGACCACAUUUUUUAAACCCACCUUCUGUGAACACUGCACCGGCUUCAUAUGGGGCUUGUAUAAACAAGGAUACAAGUGCAAAGUUUGUGGAGUGAAAUGUCAUGAAGCAUGUCGUGCUCGUCAGGUGGUCGAAUGCCGUAAGUCCAGAUCCCACAGCUUUCCUCAGGCCAGCAGCGCUCAGUCAAACAUGCAGAACACAGUGAUCACAGAGGAGGAUAUUGAGGAAGUUGAACAGGGAGUGUUUGACUCUCAAAUUUAAACAGAUUUUUAUCUUCAUUCACAAACUAUCAGUAUGUCAGCAAAAAGUAACUUGAUUUAAGGGCAAAUUCUUCAACAAUACUGAAGAGAAAACCAAAGCUAAUCAGAGUCAACUGCCAGAUUUUGGGAGAGGCUGUUCAGUGACCGUCACAGCCUGACACAUGAUAAUCAUGAGAUGCUGCCAUCAGCUGGAUUAAAGCUUCAACUUCGGAUCACCUCUUCACUUCUGCGUCUGAAGAUAAUCGCAGACAUAAUUUUAUGAUGUAUCAUUACUUGCAUAUUUCUCCAAGCUCAUUUAAUUGCUUUUUUAAAUAAAAAAAGCAUAAAAAAGAAAAAUAGACAAAAAAGUAAAAGAAGAUGGCUGUGUUCUGAGAUGUCCAGAGAAAUGUUAGUAAAACUGUACAUUUAAGGUUUUAUUAGUUAACAUUGUAGUAGUUAAUGCAUAAUAGUUGAUGAAUACAUGAGUAGGUAUCAUGUAUUCAUCAACUAUUAAUGAACUAUUUUUGCAACAUUAAUCUUGAUUAAAUGUUAAUUUAUUAAUUUUAAGAACUAUAACAACAAAUGCAACCUUAUUGUGUUUCCUAAAUGUUUAUCAAAAUAAGAAUUACUGCCGUAAUAAGCAGGCAUGUGCAGAGGGGAUAUCUCUAGGGUCUCGAAACUCUGCUCUUUUACUGAUUUGCCCCUCUGACGGUGCAGUGGCGUAGCUACAGGUGUUCAAAGGUGUGCAAAUGCCACCCAAAAUAAAAGCUUGAACACCCAAAUGAAAUGGUGUUUUUUAUGCUUAAUAAUAGAAUGUACAGGUGUAAAAAUGCCUCAAUAUUAUAGUAAGCAGUGGGAAUUGGGCAUGCCAUACUGGGGAGAAAAGGGGAUUAAAAAAAGAAUAAAGUAGAAGAAAGUUUAGUUUGGAUUUCUGCCUCAUUGUAAUUGAUCACGUCUAUAUCAGCAAAAUAAAUUCAUUGUUGUUCUUUUCUUCCCCAAUUACAAUAUAUUAUGUAUAUUGUGGAACAUUUGGAGAAUACACUUGGAAAUAGGCUUUACUGUACUGUCUUUUCUCGCAAUCAUUAAUAGUCCUUAACAUGUUA